AUGUCCAAUCUGUAUGAUGUACUUGGUGUCCUUCACGAGGCGGAUGAUGACGCUAUUGCGAAGGCGUACCGCCGACAGUCUAUGGCUUUCAAUCCGCAGUGCCAUCCAGAUCACCCCGACCCAAAGUCACUGGAGAAACAGUUCAAACACGUUUCACAAGCAUACGUUGUGCUUUCCAAUCCAAAGGCGCGUGGUAUUUACGAUUUAUACGGAGAGGAAGGUGUACGGCAUGGUGGCACAGGCCAACAGGGCAUUCCUGGAGGUAUUGAUCUUGACGCCAUUGACCCAUAUGCGGUCUUUCGUCAGUUCUUUGGUGUAGAUAAUCCAUUUCAAGUGAUUGGCAAUAUCAGUGGACUACGCAAUAAUCUUCAUGAAUUCUUCAGUACCACAGCGGUGAUUCCCAAGACCCUUGCGAAGGUGCCAUCGAUUGAGGUGCAGUUGCCUAUUACACUAGAAGAUGUUUUCUACGGCGCCGUGCGUCGAGCCACGUGGGAGUCUCGCAUUGUCCGUCAAGGACAAGAAACCGUUGUCCCGGAGUACUUUGAUCUCCGCGUGCCGAAGGGUGCACAUGCGGGCGAUAAAUUUAUUGUGGAUGGAAAGGGUGACUGGAAGGAGGGAUUUGCGCGUGGUGAUGUUGUGGUGACGCUGCAGCUGCUCCCGCAUGAUCGUUUCCGCCGCGAGGGAGAUGACUUGGUAGUUGUGAUUCCCAUCACCCUCAGCGAGGCGCUCUGCGGAGUGACGCUCACAGUGAAGACUAUGGAGGGAAGUGAAAUCACGGUGCUUAUUGAUGAGAUUGUGCAUCCAAAGUACCGUCGCCGUGUGGCCGGACACGGACUCACACGCAGUGAAGAUCCAUCCAAUCCAAGAGGGGAUCUUAUUGUGGAGUGUGACACGAAAUUCCCUGGCUUUCUAACACUGGAGCAGAGAUCAGAGUUACGACGUAUAUUGGACGCCCAGUGA